AUGGAUCGCGACCAGUUCAAGACAGCCGCGUAUUCGGCCAUUGAUGACAUCAUCAAAUACUUCGAUAGCGUCCCAGAGCGCAGGGUUGUACCGGACAUCCAGCCAGGCUAUCUCCGCCCAUUAAUCCCAGAAAGCCCACCCGACGAGCCCGAAGACUGGGCCACGAUUCAAGAUGAUGUCGACACAAAGAUCAAACCCGGCCUCACACAUUGGCAAUCCCCGAAUUUCAUGGCCUACUACCCCGCCAGCGUAACCUACCCCAGUCUUCUAGGCGAGAUGUACUCUGCGACUUUCACAGCCCCAGCGUUCAACUGGCUGUGCUCGCCUGCAUGUACGGAGAUGGAAACGAUCGUGAUGGACUGGGUUGCCAAGGCCCUUGCACUGCCCGAGUGCUUCCUCAGCGCAUCGGAGACCCACGGUGGUGGCGUGAUUCAGAACAGUGCCAGUGAUGCGAUUGCGACGAUUAUUGUUGCUGCGCGCGAGAGGCGCGUGCGAGAGAUCUUGCUCUCAGAGGGCCUCGAAGAAAGCUCCCCCGAGUAUGAAGAUCGCAAGUUCGAUGUCCAAAGUAAGUUGGUGGCUAUUGCGAGUGACCAAACGCACAGCAGUGGUGCCAAGGGCGCAUUGGUGGCUGGCACCCGGUUCCGCAGCGUGAAGGCCAGACUCGAAGAUAAUAUGGAAAUGACGGGUCCCAGGCUGAGAGAGGUUCUGGAGAAGUGCGAUCGCGAUGGCUUGACCCCGUAUCAUCUCACGAUGACUUUUGGAACGACGAACUGCUGCAGUGUCGAUCGAUUUGCGGAGAUCAAGGCCGUCCUGCAGGAGAAACCUGCAUGGCAGCGCAUUUGGGUCCACGUUGACGCAGCUUAUGCGGGUGCAUCGCUUGUGGCGGAUGAAUGGCAGUAUAUUGCCAAGGACUUUGCCGAGGGUGUUGAUAGUUUCAACAUGAAUAUGCACAAGUGGCUGCUGGUGAACUUUGAUGCUAGUGUUCUCUAUGUCCGGAAUCGCCUGGACCUCACUAAUGCACUUGAUAUCACGCCCGUGUAUCUACGGAACCCAUACUCUGAUAUGGGCACAGUGAUUGAUUAUCGCAAUUGGUCCAUUUCUCUUGGUCGCCGAUUCCGCGCCUUGAAGAUUUGGUUCGUGAUGCGGAGCUACGGUCUCAACGGCAUGAAAGCGCAUAUCCGCAAGACUAUCGGAUUCGGUGAUCUCUUCGCCGAUCUCGUGCGCAGUCGAUCUGAUCUGCUGGAGAUUGUCACGAAGCCGGGCUUUGCCUUGACGGUCUUCCGCGUGAAGAACCCGGCCUCGACGGGCGAGUCUACAGAGCGCGUCUCUCCCGACGCGGUCGCGGAUAGUGUGACUAAGAAGGUCUAUGAGCUCAUCAACUCGCGAGGUGAGAUCUUCAUCACCUCGACGGUGAUCGAUGGCGUUUACGUGAUUCGGGUUGUCAGUGCCAAUCCUCUCGCCGAAGAGAAGUAUAUCCGCAAAGCGUUCGACAUUGUGGUUCGGACGUCGGAGGAGGUGCUGCAGGAGUAA